CAGUCUGCAGGCGGUGGUGCUGAGUUCAGUGUGGCUUCCCUUCUCUUUCGCUGGCCAGGAAAAAGCUGUUGCUUGAACGUAACAGCUAGGCUGUCAUCUGUUUGGAAGGACUACAUCUGACCUGUUGGCUGUCAAAGUGGUCUCUGAAAGAGAAACCGCUUCUUUUGGUGGUGUGGAUGGACUUUAACGACAUGUCAUGGAAAGAAUGUUUACAGACCUUCCAAAGGUGUCCAUACUGUGGAUUCUGAAGGACUAGCCAGCAUCUUGAGUGAUAAAACCAGGGAAUCCGAACCUAGUUUAAAACAAGCUUGUUCAGGGGUAACGUUGGCCAACGCUCUUGAGAUCUUAGUGGUUCUUUGAUGGUGUAAAGUCUUUUCCCAUUUAAUGUGACUGCCCUUCUCCAUCAGCCUGGAAAGCCAUACAGUAUUCUGCUACUGAAACCCAAACUGUGGAUAUAAAAUGAGGCCUCUGCCUCCCGGAGAUGGGCCUUCCCCUCUCGGACUGCUCAACCGAGGGCCGGAUUAUCUCCGUAAACAGCUGGAAGGGACCAGCAGAGGACAAACCCCGAGUGCGGUGGAAAGACUGGAAGCUGACAAAGCCAAAUACGUCAAGUCCCAGCAAGUGAUCAACCGUCGCCAGGAACCCGUCUUGCUCUGCCCUGCCCUCCAGGCUUCCCCUUGCUGCAGGAGACCACUGACUCUCCACUACCAUGGUGGCUUCUCCCAAGGCUUGCCUGUAGGCCACGAAGCCCUCGGGCCAAAGAAGACCUUGCCUUCUCCACAGUCGCCCACAGCACGGAGAGGGGGCGGCCGGCGCAUGCUGAGACCGGAUUCGCUGGUCAUCUACCGGCAGAAGUGGGAUUCCUUGGCUGUCAACAAAGAGAACACGAAGGGCUAUGGCCUAGUGAGGCAGUUGUUCCAGAGUCCCCCGAGAGAUGGACAUAGCCAUCCAUCUUCCAGGGAUGCCUCGGGAGAUGGACCAUUUCAAGACACACCAGAGGAGAACUCCAUGGUCUGGGUGCAAGCAGAAAAGGAAGAGACGAGGACUCUGCAUUUGGUUGGCUUGCCAGCCAGCUCCUCGGAAUGUGUUUCGGCACAGGAUCAGAAACCUGGGUCCAGCGCUGAACUGGAUACGGACCCUAUCCCCACCUCCCUGAAUCCUGGUCCAACGGAUUCCAAGAGGCCGCUCGUCCUGAGUUGUUCUCUCCCUCUCUCGGAGAAAGAGCGUUUUUUUAACUACUGUGGCUUGGAUCGCAACCUGGUGGAGGUGCUGGGGGUGGAACAGUUCAAGCCAGGCAGCUGGGAAGCCGGCUCUUCCUGUCUGCUCCUGGGAAGUGUCAGGGCGGCCAGUUCUGAGCACGACCAUCCCUCUCAGAACGACGAGGAGCUUGCUGGUGAAGAGCUGAGCGAGAAGCUGCCCACCUCAGUCUCCGUGAUUGAGAGAAAUGCCCGUGUCAUUAAAUGGCUCUACGGUUGCCAGCAGGCUCAGAAGGCAGUCAAGGAGUCCAUGGUGUGAGCCAAAACAGAGAGAGACCUGGCUUCAAAGGCAGUUCUUAGCACACGGAAGGCCAGGUGGACCAACUCUUGUUUGAGGCUGAUGGCAAUGCUCCCAUGUUGGGGAAAUGAGCAAGGGGGAAAAGGUCUGAUGCCUGUCGCCAGAGAGAUCUUUCAGAGAUGGACCUUCUCUGUAGCAGGGACACUCUCCAAAAGAGUUGGGCAUUGACCCCACCGAGGAAUCGCUCUAGAGCAGAUUGGGUUAGACCCACGAGGACCAAGCCAGGUCGCCAUUUUGGAGGCCAAUUUGUGGUCUGUGACAAAGAAGCAGGCAUUGGUUCUUAGCAAUUCCCACUCAUCGAAGUACCAGAGGCCAGGAAUGGGUUGCUUUGUCCCUCCAGAUGUUUUUGGAUUGCAGUUCCCAUAAUCCCUCCAUAUUGGCUAGGCUGUCUAGACCUU